AUGUCGGUGAUCAUGCAACAUCUGCCCCAGAUGAAUCUUGUCAACCUGUCCACGGCAAUCCACCGCGUGGCCAAAAUCGCAGGGUCAGAUCCAUGGCAACAGGCGCAGCUGCGGAAAAAUCCUUCUUUGAACACGCUGCUCAACAGCGUCUGUACAGCGUUGAAUGUCGUGGAAGCCACAGAAGUGCAGCCGCAGUCUGUGAGCAAUGUGGUCUGGUCUUUGGCCACCCUGCGGAUUGUUCAUAGGCCUCUUCUGCAGGUAAUAUCCCUGGUAUGUAUAUCCAACAUGGCCCAAUUCAAAAGCUUCGAGCUCUCAACCACGCUGUGGGCCCUAGCGAAGCUUGGCUCUAUGGAGGAUGCAGCACCUGUGGACAAGGCCGUUUUCUAUGCUGCCGCGACGCACAUACACAACAACGUCAAAGAGUUUGGAUUUCGCUGUUUGGCCACAACAGCAUGGGCUUUUGCCACGUCAAGGCAGCGACAUGCGCGCCUUUUCCGCAGCAUGGCUGCAGCCAUGCUACCAGCCGCUGCUGGAGCCAACUGCCAGGAAAUGGCCAACACGGCCUGGGCCUUCGGCACAGCGGAUUUUCAUGAUGAUGCUCUGUUCAACGAGUUGGCAGAGCAGGCCCUUCACCGACUCGAAGAGUUCAAGCCACAGGAGAUCUCGAACAUGCUGUGGGGCUUUGCAACCAACAGCUUCUUCCACGAGGCUUUCUAUGCCAGAGCUGCCGUGGUCGCUCAGCGAAUGGAGUUGCAGUCGCAGCAUUUGGCGAACAUCCUCUGGGCCUUUGCACGCGUGAGGCCAAAGCAUGCACUCACGCAGCAGACGGUGUUGUCCUUGCUACCGCUUUGCACGAAGCAGCUCCAAAGCUUCAAGCCGCAGGAAGUGUCUUCGACUCUCCUGGCUAGUGCCAAGGCUGUCGGGAACUCAGACGAACUGGCACCGGCUCCGGCCACCCUCGAGAGCUUCAGUCCAGAGGUCUUGGACUUUUUCCAUGCCUGUUUGCCCUGGGUGGUCGCACGGAUGCGGGAGUUUUCCGAGCAGUCCCUGGCCAACUCGGUCAGUGCCUACGCGAUGGUUCCGGUGCAGGGAUCCGAUACUCUGGUGGAGUGCGCUGGCAAAGAAGUCCUCGGGCGCCUUCAGGAGCUGGAUGUGAACGCCCUCGUGCAUCUGCUGAAGGGGUUCAUGAUGGUGCCAACCAACAACCCGAUGCAAGUCAUCAAGGUGCUUGCAGAAGGUAUUGCUGCCCAGCUCGAUCGGGUCCGAACACAGGAGAUGCAGAGCUUGGGCCGCCUGUUGAACAGAGGCCCCCUGUGUCGUCACGCUCUUUUAGGCUUUGGGCUACAUCGCCGGACUUCAGGCCGAAACCUAGGUUUGUUGCUACCUAUAAUUAUAAUCAGCCGAAUCCAGAGAAGCCUCGUCAAGCCUUGUGUGCGGUCAUUCUAG